AUGAAUAGAAGAUUUAGAUGUGGUCGUUUGGCCUUAACUAAAGAUGGUAUUGUAAAAAAACUUGCACUUGAAGAUGGUGGUGGCAGUCGUUUUUGUAAUUGGGAUCCAAUCGAUAUGGAUUUUGAUAGUGUUCAUCGUAGUCUUAUUGACAUUUUUAAAUUAGGAGAUAGUAAACUAAAAACAUCAUUAUAUGAUUUUCGACUUCAGCCGUUAGAUGUUAGUCAAUAUAACACAUUUUUCGAAUAUGUUCAUAAGAAUGGACUUAAUCGUUACAGCACCAUUAUUUAUAUUUGUACAUAUCAUGUUGAUAAUAAUGAUAAUCAAAGGAUGAUUGUGAAGAAAAAGAAAGAAACACCUGUAAUUUCACCAUCAUCAUCAUCAUCAAUAUCAAAUUCAUUAAAUUCACAACAAAAAAUAUCUAUUGUAGCAGAAGCUACAUCUUCAACAUCUAUUGAAAAUAAACAUAUUGAUAAGAAUGAAAGCGGAUCUGGUCAACAAGCAACUUAUCAAUCUGAUGGUAAUUAA